CAAUCAAAACGAGCGUAAGCAAGCAAAGCACCGCGUGUUCAAGUAAGGACCAUUUCUCUUUCUUCGUAAGAAAAGCUCCCCAGUCCAUCAGAAACAUGUCAGACGUAGAAAAUGACGAUGGCCCCACUGCGAUGUCAGCGGGCAAUUCACUCGACGUAAACACAGCCCUUCAAGAAGUUCUUAAAAAUGCUCUUAUUCACGAUGGUGUCGUACAUGGUCUUCACGAAGCCGCCAAAGCUUUAGACAAGAGGCAAGCCAUGCUUUGCAUCUUAGCUGAAAAUUGUGAUGAACCUAUGUACAAAAAACUUGUUCAAGCAUUGUGCAAUGAACAUCAGAUCCCAUUGAUUAGGGUAGAUAAUAAUAAGAAACUUGGCGAAUGGGCUGGUCUUUGCAAGAUUGACAGUGCUGGCAAAGCUAGAAAAGUUGUUGGGUGUUCCUGUGUUGUCAUAAAGGACUUUGGAGAGGACACUCCUGCAAAGGAUGUUGUGAUGGAAUAUGUCAAACAAAGUUCUGUACACUAAGAUCUUUUAAUAAAACAUUCUACAUACUUUU